AUGCCGCUGCGGGAGUACCUCGCCAAGGUGCGCGAAGACGACGCGGCGUCCUCUUCCUCUUCUUCUUCUCGUUCUCCUCCCACUCCCACUCCCACGCCGCCGCCGCGAUUAGUGUUCUGUCAUCGGUCGAGCACGUUCGCGUCCGCGGUGAGGUUGCUCUCCGACGCGCGAGCGCACCACGCGUUCGUGUUGAGAGACUGCGACGGCGACGCGGCGGUCGCGGCGAGCGCGGUCGCGGCGCGGACCGUGGGCGGGGUGGACGUCGCCGUAGACGAUCUGUGCGGGAUUAUCACGCUCACGGACGUCCUGAGGAGGAUCUGCUUCGAGGACGCGUGCGAGUGA